GCGAUAGCAUCUUCAGUCUCCCACCAUGGCUUCAUUAGUACAACGUCGUAUGCUUUCAAAGGCGGACGAGGAGGCAGCGGACGAAGUUGAGGUUCGACGUGAGGACCAGGACAAGAUCAACAGAUUCAGUCGCCUGCACCAGCGAGAAAUCCUGUUGGGGGAGGAACUGAGCACAAAAACCAAGGAAAAGGAAGAGCUCGAUGAUUUGUCCACCGAACUUGAACUCGCCGAUGAGGACGAAAAGAUCCAGUACAAGAUUGGCGAUGCCUUUUUCCAUGUCUCGGUAGAGCAGGCUCAGGAGAUGCUGGAGCAGGCAACAGAGAAGCUCGAGGAAGAGUCAACAUCUUUGGAGGAGAAGCUAUCAUCUAUCCGCGAGGAGAUGACCAAGCUCAAGGUCGAGCUAUAUGCCAGAUUCGGAAAGCAGAUCAACCUAGAGACUUGA